AUGGAACUCACAGGACUGGGUUAUGACCAGGGCCUCCAAGAGACUCUGAGGAGGAGCUCGACACUUAGGAGAGCCUCAGAGAUACCUUUGACGCUUGAAAGGACGCUCACCACUGGCGGUGAGCCAAAUCCGUCUGCUCCUCGUACUCCAAAUCCGGAAGAGGAGCCGGAAGAGAGGAAGGAGCUCGCACCUCCAGGAAUACUCUCUCUCGAAGCAAUUUUCCUACUUGCACCCUUUUCAAUAUUUGGCUUACUUGCCCGUCUGGGCAUCGCAGCUCUCGCUCGGUACCCAAAUGAUGCCAUUUUCGAGCUUGCAUGGGUUCAAGCAGCGGGAUGUCUCGUAAUGGGCAUAGCACAGAGCCAGAAGGCGUUUAUAAUGACUUUUUACCCGCCGCUAUAUUUAGGCAUCACGACUGGCUUCUGUGGCUCAUUGACCACGUUUGCAUCCUGGCAGCGGGAUGUCUUCCUCGCUUGGAUCGAAGGACGACCGGCAGGCUUCUCCAAUUGGCACAGAUUUCUGGACGGUGCUACCCGCCUAUUCUUCACUCAGGCAAUUUCAGUUGCCACUUUCAAAUGCGGAUUGGCAAUAGGAAAACGCAGGGUUCACAUAAUGCCUCAGAUCCCCCAUCGGCCUUUGCGAGUUGUCAUUACAGUUGUGGCGCUCUGCACCUAUAUUGCUGUCUUUCCUCUCUUCUUCGUCCUCCCCUUGUCCUUCCGCGAGGAAGUAACCGCAGCGCUCCUUUUUGCGUUUCCAGGUGCACUUACUCGACAUUUGCUUGGAACGUGGCUCAACGCAAAGAAAUCCAAUUUUCCUCUCGGAACAUUUGCGUCCAAUACCGCGGGUACUGUCAUCUCUGCGAUAGUAUAUGUGCUACAGCAUACGCACCCAGUGGAAUGCAACUCGAGUGCGACGGCGAUUCUCCAAGGUCUCACUGAUGGCUACGCCGGAUGUCUGAGCACGGUGAGCACGUUUGUUGCCGAAGCGUAUCUCAUGAAUCGUAAAGAUUCAUGGACAUAUGUGCUUUGGAGCUGGAUAAGCGCGCAAAUCCUGUUGGUGCUCGUCCUUGGUAUACCCUACUGGACUAUGAAUCUGGAUAGACCCUUUUCGUGUUGA